CGGCGGCGCUUGCUCCCUGGCUGGCUCCUCUCUCCCUCUCAGUCGGCCGCUGCUGCCUGCCUGUCGCCGGGGCUGGGAGAGCCUGAGAGAGCGUGUGUGUGUUAUGUGAGUGACGCGGCGGAGGUGUAGUUUGACGCGGUGUGUUACGUGGGGGAGAGAAUAAAACUGCGGCGAGAGCCUAGGCGCGAACGAAAGCAGUGACGGAGCAGCCUGUAGCCGAUAACUAAAUGACAAUGGAAUCUGGUGCAGAGAACCAACAGAGUGGAGAUGCAGCUGUUACAGAGGCAGAAAAUCAACAGAUGACUGUUCAGGCACAACCACAAAUUGCAACAUUGGCCCAGGUAUCUAUGCCCGCAGCUCAUGCAACAUCUUCCGCUCCCACAGUGACCUUAGUACAAUUGCCUAAUGGACAGACAGUUCAAGUUCAUGGUGUUAUUCAAGCUGCACAGCCAUCAGUUAUUCAGUCUCCACAAGUCCAGACAGUUCAGAUCUCCACUAUUGCAGAAAGUGAAGAUUCACAGGAAUCUGUGGACAGUGUCACCGACUCCCAGAAACGAAGGGAAAUUCUUUCUAGACGACCUUCCUACAGGAAAAUAUUGAAUGAUUUGUCCUCAGAUGCCCCAGGAGUGCCAAGGAUUGAAGAAGAAAAAUCUGAAGAGGAAGCAACAGCACCUGCUAUUACAACUGUUACCGUGCCAACUCCAAUUUAUCAAACAAGCAGUGGACAAUACAGGACUGGUGUUGCUGAUAUCCAUCAUCAAUAUGGCAAUGCUGUGCAUGCAGUUGCUAUCACCCAGGGAGGUGCAAUCCAGUUAGCAAACAAUGGCACAGAUGGAGUCCAGGGCCUGCAGACUCUAACUAUGACCAAUGCAGCUGCAACCCAGCCGGGUACCACCAUUUUACAGUAUGCACAGACUACUGAUGGACAACAAAUUCUGGUACCCAGCAACCAAGUAGUGGUACAAGCUGCUUCAGGAGAUGUUCAGACCUACCAAAUUCGCACUGCACCCACAAGCACCAUUGCACCUGGUGUUGUCAUGGCAUCUUCCCCAGCUCUUCCCACUCAACCAGCAGAAGAAGCAGCACGAAAAAGAGAAGUCCGUCUAAUGAAGAACAGGGAAGCAGCACGCGAGUGCCGCAGGAAGAAAAAAGAAUACGUCAAAUGUCUAGAAAACAGAGUAGCUGUCCUUGAAAACCAAAACAAGACAUUAAUUGAAGAAUUAAAAGCACUUAAGGACCUCUAUUGCCACAAGUCAGAUUAAUUUUAAUUCCCCAUUUUUGUUUGUUAAUGGGGAAAAAGACUGGUUUGGUGAUUACCAAACAGACAAAAUGAACUUUUUAUUUUCUAAGCAUUUUUUUCUUUUUCUUUUUUUUCUACAUACACAACUGUCUGAAAGCAACUAAGGAAUUUGAUUUAUCUGUGCUCGGCAUUAAACUGUGAAUGUUGCACAUCUGCCUUUACUUCUUCCCCUCCUGAAAUCAAUUUCAUCACAGUAUACCCUGAUUCUGAAGAAAAAAGCAAACUUCCUCUUCAAGAAAUAAUCUUCAUUUGUGAUGUUACAAGAAUUGGAGGUUUCUUACAAUAAUUUCAAGAGUCAGCAUAAUCUCAACUGAAUUCCUUAGCGAGAGUCACCCUGGACUUUUGCCCUGAAAUACUCAGUGGGCCACAUAUAUAACCAAGGUAUGAUGCACUGAGGUUGCUGUGGUUGCCAAGUUAUUGCAUAAUUUCAAAUAUAUGUUAGCAAUUGUACAGUUAACAUCUAUAUGGGGGGAUAAUGCCAAAGGAGAUGCAUUUCAGGUAUACUAACCAUAGAGGAAUAAGAUGAGCUGAAGAAAUUAAGGAAGAGGCAAGUGAGGCAAUUAUGAACCCAAUCCAAUUUUUGUACAACAAAAAGAACCACUUAUUUUCUAUAAUGUUUUAAUAAGCUUAAUGUAGCCAGACUUCUGAAUUCAAAUGACAAGUAUCACUUUAUACUUGGUUGGGAUGCGAAUUGGUAGGAAGAAAUAGUGUAGUAUAUGUUUAAGAUGGGAACAUAAUAGUAUAUUCACUAUUCUUUCCUUUUUCUGUAUCCAAAAACAACAUUAUCCAAGGUAACAAUUAGAAACAUAGUUAGCAUAAUGCACACUUUGGGAAAAGAAAACUUAAAGCUGUCCUAAUUGUAUCAUGCAAGUAAUAAUUUUGAAACUUUGCCUAUCAAAACUUUGCCUUUUGACUUUUCUAUUUUGCUUAAACCUCCUUUGAUAUAUCUUUAAAAAGAAGUAAAUUCAUUCUCUGUUGCAUAAUCUGCAUGUAUAAUGUGGAUAUGAUAAAGAUUUUUUUUGCUAAAAUCCUACCUAUUGUAUAUUCAGAUGCUGUUACAUUUAUCCAGUGGACACAUUUAUCAAACACAUUUAAUGCAGUCUACAAUUCAUUUAAGCUGACUAUUAUGAAUAGGCCUCCUGUAAUUUAAGGUUUUAAUUAUAUACAUAAAAUUGCCAUAUGCAAAGUUUUAAUCAUAUUUUUCAGGAGCAAUUAAAAGAAUCUGGCAGCCAUGAGCAUAGCAAAUCUUUUGAAACCGUUAGAAUUUAUUUGGUGAAAAAAACAUAUCCUGGAGUUGAUUAAAGCUGAGGAUCCAUGAGGGUCAGAAUGGGAUUAUAUGGAGACAAUUAUAGCCCAGUCAUUAUUUCAAUGUGUAUGUAUGUAUAUAUAUAUAUAUAUACACAUACAAGCUAUUAAAAUAAACUUAAAUGGUAGCUGUUCUGAAAGAUAAAAUACCAGGAUAUAUUAAGGAUAAUUUAAUAAAGUGAUGAUAUAGGGGGAUUACUUCAUUUUUAAAAACAUUUUUCUGUGAAAACGUUUUUUUAUAUAUGGGAACAAAUAAACUUUUUUCUUUGUUUAUAUAGUCAAAACCAAUUCUAGAUUUGGAAAAGAUAAAUGUUCCACUCUCCUUUUAAUUUGCUAGGCAGACUUGCUUAUCUUCCUACUGGCAUGGAAAAUAGAUACCUGAACAUUUGUAUAAAUAAUUUAUAUAUGGAUUGUGAUCUUUCAUAAAUUGGAUGAAACAGAAUGAAAGCAUAUAAAUUAAGCAUAUAAUUAAGUGCUGCUAUUCUGAAAUUUUCAUUCUCUGUAUCUUUAUAAAAACAAGGACUUUGGUCUAGCAAAGAUUUGGGAAUAUAUGCUUUUAGAGAGCUGAAAUCCACAAUUUGUAACUGUAUUGUGAAAUUUGUCUUUUCCCCCCCUGGAAAUAGGGUAGAAUCAUGAACUCACUGAUUUUGCAGAAGUCAUUUUUGUGACACUGUUGUCAUGGUAUGUGGUAUCUUUUUGUUUGGAUAAUUUUGAAAAAGUAUCUCAUAAAGCUGGCUGUUUUGGGAUCACAUACAUGGGUUAACUUGUAUAAAAAUUAUGCAAUAAUGUAAGAUUUGUUUUAAAGACUUAAGUACUGGAAAAGCAACCACCAUAACUCUCUCCACUAUUUUAACAUCAUUUGUAAUUAUUGGAUAUGUUUGUAUUUUAGCAGAUAAGUCACCAGCUGUUUGUGGGGUGGGAAGAUAAAUAGCCUUUACAGCUUUUGUAAGUGCUCUAUGAAAGAGGAUAAAUCUUGAUCACUUGUAGUAUCACAGGAUCUGUUGUACUGGUUCUAUAGUUAAUAUAAAAUUUACAUUCUGAGAUUUUUCACCAGCAAUAACACAACAUUUGCGUUCACUUUAAUUAUCCUGUACUGAGUUACUUAGGCAUCUGGCAUUCCAUAUAUACUUUGAAUCAUGUUUUAAUUAUCCCAAGUAUAGAGCAGAUUGGUUCCAAUAUUUGUUUUGCAAGUAACAGCCAAAAUGAACGGGGGAUAGUACUGAAAAACCAACCCUCCGUUUGUAUAUUACUAAUUUAUUGAGUUAAUAAAUUUAUUGAAUAGUUAGUAUCUAUUAUACAUGUGGCCCCUUUGCUGUAUAACAAAUGUUUUGUUGAGUUUAUUGACUGAUUUAACUAAAACAAUUGGCAUAGAAAGGGCUAGCUCCAUUAUAGUCGUCUUACAUAGAAUUGAUUUGAAGUACAGUUUCUAUAUUUUACAAAAGAAAAAAAAACAUUAUUCAGGCAGUAAAAAUAUUGCCUGAGGUGUUCUUCUAAAAGAUAUUCUUGGAAAGGUUUAUGUAUAAAGUAUGUACAUAUAUAAAAUAUAUAUACACAGUAUAUAAUCUAUAGCUCUGAGAGCUUUUAAGUCAGGAAUGCUGAAUAUUAUAGUAUAUUGAGGUCAGAAAAAAUAGUAUGUAUGUGUGCAGAUACAUGCUUAUUGUUUCUUCUCUUUUCCACCCCUGAACACCCCUCCCCCCAAGUUUUGAGCUAUAUUAUUCUGGCGCUUAUUGAUAUGUUGUACUGUUGUUUACUUACCCAUUUUCAGUUACUUUAUUUCACUGCAGUUUGUAUUUGUUAUGGUGAAUUAUGAAGUGAUAACAACUAUUUAAAAUUCCUCUUGUUCCCAAGUUCUUCACUUUGUGCUUUGUCUGUUGGGCAGCUAUUCAUUUAAGACAAAACAAUUGGAAAACAUUUGGGUUAUAUGGAGGGAACAAAAGAGAAAAGUGGUUGCUCAAUAUUUUAUUUGCAUAAUUUUAUCCUACACUUGACUAAUGGAAAGCAUUGUUACUAGAAUUUGAAAGAUUACUUAAGCUCAGAUACGUUUGGUAAUUGCACAGUAUGUCUGUUCUGGAAUCUACCAUGUUCUGUAAAACUAAGCAAUUAUAAUAUUGCAUAAUGCUAUAAUCUUAUAAAAGAGGAGAGCUUUCAUCAUAAUUAUAACUAAGAACUGAAAUACAUGAUCAGCAGAUACAUGUUUUAUUGUGGAUAUGUACCAUUUGAGAUGCUUCAGGGAUGAAUGUUUGUUCAUGCACAUUAAAAAAAAAACUAGCAUGUUAAAUGAGAAAGAUGCUUUCUACUUUUGACAUCACAGUUUUAAUGUGUGGGAAUAUUCUUUUUACACAAAGAUGCAAGUGUUCAUUUUUCCACUUACAGCCUGCAGAGGAAUGGCUCAGCAGCAGAUACAUCUGAGUGUAUGAAUGUGACUUUAAUGUGCUCCUGCUUAUGGUGGGCUUAAUAUCUCUCUGCUUGGAUGUUGUUACUCAGUGGACUCUCACGAUAAUCCCAAGAGACAGCUGUUUUUUUAGAGGCAUCUGCACAAGAUAAUACCAAAGAUUGAAAUCUCAAGUUAGGGGGAUCCAAUAAGAGAGGCUAAUAUUUAAUUGGUAAAAUAUUUGAAAGAGAGAGAAAUUCUAGAAAUUCUAGGGAAAUUAUAUAUAUAUAUAUAUAAAAAAAAAAAUAUUUCCCAGUGCCAAUUGAGAUGAAAUUGUAUUAGUGUAGUGUACUGUUUUAUAACACUAAACAUGUAGUGUUUUAUAACAUCCUUUAGGAUUUCUUAUGUUGUAUGAAUCGAUGUUUGCAGAUAUUAUGCCUAUUGAUAUACGUACAACACCCUGACCACCCAAAGAGUUCUGAAUAUUUUGAGAAGCACUGUCACCUCUGGACUGUUAAAUAAAGAAAUGGUGCUGAAACUUUAGCAAUCUACAGCUUUGUAAUAACAAUUUUCAUUUCGAAUAUAGCAUAACCAUGGUCAAUAAUUAGAAUUGAAUUAUAAAUAUUCAAUCUCACAUAUCUCUACAGUUAGGAAUUCUUGUGGUUAAUUCAGGAUUGUUAUUAUGAAUAAUGAUACAUUGUUACAUCUGUAAGGAACCUCAUACAUUUUUUGCAUCCACUUGCCCACUUUCUCAGGGUUACUGUAUAUUUUAACAUUGCUACUCUGUAGCAUAGAUACAUAUAAUUUAUUUCUGCAAUGCUAAACUAUAAAGAAUGUGUCAGUAGCUUAUCUCAGUAUCGUAUUUCAGAAUAUAUGGCUGAAAAAAACCUCAAGGAUUUUUGGAAUUGUAGUGCAUUCUCAGUGACAGCAUUUUAAUUUUCCAUAUGCACAGAACAUAAUUGAGCUGCAUUUACAUGUGGUUUCUUUUAAACCCACAAUGAACCCAGGGCACUUCAACACUCUUAUGUAUCUGUGGAGUCUCCUCACUUCCAUUAAUUGAUCUAUUGAUCAUGUAACAAAUAAAAUGUUGGUGGUGCAUGCCUAAGUGUUUCAAAGCAAGUAUUUGCUGUACUUCAAAGGAGUAUUGUAUCACAUUGUUACCUGAGUCUCAGACUUCGCAAGAUGCAUUAAUGGUAUUCUGAAAAACAGGCUUCCAGAAUAAAACAAGCUGGUUGCAAUGACAAAUUCAUAACAAAAAGUAAGGGAUAGUUUUGAAAUGCUUUCUAUAACUUGUGUGGUAUCCAAGUGCCACUCCAUUUUUGGGUCAUGGGGUUAUUUGUGAAAUAAAUGAAAUGUUAGAUCUUUAAUU